AUGUUGACUUUCGAAGGUCAGAAGAUCCUGGGCUCUCAGAACAUCGUGGCCAAGCUCACCAGCCUCCCCUUCCAGCAGCGCCAGCUCCAAAUCACCACCGUCGAUUGUCAGCCUUCUGGACACGCUGGUGGUAUACUCGUUUUCGUCAGCGGCAAUCUGCAACUUGCUGGUGAGCAGCAUGCUCUCAAGUUGAGUCAGCUAGAUGCUGUUUAA